AUGGAAGAAUACAGAGAGCGGCGGGAAGAAACAAAAAGAGAAGGAUCAAAGUCUGCAGAAUACCAAGCAGUGAUACGCGCAGGCCCACACGUGCGACCCCUCAAACAAGCUCACGCUCAUCUCAUUGUCACAGGUUGCCACCGUAGCCGAGCUCUCCUCACCAAACUCCUCACCCUCUCUUGCGCCGCCGGUUCCAUCGCUUACACCCGCCGUCUCUUCCUCUCCGUCACCGACCCCGAUUCAUUUCUCUUCAACUCCCUCAUUAAAGCCUCCUCCCAACACGGUUUCUCACUCGACACCAUCCUUUUCUACCGUCACAUGCUCUUUUCCCCUCACAAACCUUCCUCCUACACCUUUACCUCGGUUUUCAAAGCUUGCGCUCAUCUCUCUGCUCUUAAACUAGGAACCCUUCUCCAUUCCCACGUUUUCGUUUCUGGGUAUGCUUCGAAUCCAUUUGUCCAAGCCGCAAUAGUGUCCUUUUAUGCUAAAUCAAGUGCACUGAGUUUCUCCCGGAAGGUGUUUGAUAAAAUGCCGCAACAAAGUGUAGUUGCUUGGAACACCAUGAUUUCCGGUUACGAGCAAAACGGGUUUGCAAAUGAAGCAAUGACACUGUUUCAUAAGAUGAAUGAAUUGGGGGUUCGUCCCGAUUCUGCGACUUUCGUUUCUGUGUCAUCAGCUUGUUCUCAAAUUGGAUCUCUUGAAUUGGGAUGUUGGGUGCAUGACAGUAUCAUUAGUAAUGGGAUUCACGUCAAUGUGAUUCUUGGUACUUCUUUGAUAAACAUGUUUUCACGGUGUGGUGAUGUUAGCAGGGCGCGUAAUGUUUUUGAUUCUACAAGUGAAGGAAAUGUUAUAGCUUGGACAGCUAUGAUAUCUGGGUAUGGUAUGCAUGGUUAUGGAGUUGAAGCAAUAGAGCUAUUCUAUAAAAUGAAAAAAGCAAGCAGGCUCGCUCCUAAUACUGUUACAUUUGUUGCUGUUUUAUCCGCAUGUGCUCAUGCAGGGCUAAUACGUGAAGGGAGAGAAAUUUUCGCAAGCAUGAAAGAAGAGCAUGGUGUGAUUCCUGGAGUGGAACACCAUGUUUGCAUGGUUGAUAUGCUUGGGAAAGCUGGUUUGCUAACUGAAGCAUAUGAUUUCAUCAAAGAGCUUAGGCCCGGGGAGCUUGUUCCAGCGGUGUGGACUGCAAUGCUUGGUGCUUGCAAGAUGCAUAAGAAUUUUGAUCUUGGUGUGGAAGCUGCUCAGCAUCUCAUUUCCUUAGAGCCAGAGAAUCCCAGCCAUUAUGUAUUGCUUUCUAAUAUGUAUGCAUUUGCUGGAAGAAUGGAUAGAGUGGAAUCUGUUAGAAAUGUAAUGAUCCAAAGAGGUAUUAAAAAGCAAGUGGGUUAUAGCUCUAUUGAUGUCAACAACAUAUCAUAUCUUUUUAGUAUGGGUGAUAAGUCCCAUCCUGAGACCGAAGAGAUUUACCAGUAUUUGGAUAAGUUGAUGUGGAGGUGCAAGGAAGCAGGUUAUGCACCUCUUCCUGAAUCAGCAAUGCAUGAGUUGGAAGAAGAAGAGAGGGAGUAUGCCCUCAGACACCAUAGUGAGAAACUUGCAGUAGCAUUCGGGCUGAUGAAAACUAGCCAUGGAACUACUCUCAGGAUUGUCAAGAACCUUAGGAUAUGUGAAGACUGUCAUUCAGCAAUUAAGUUCAUCUCUGUUGUGACAAAUAGAGAGAUAAUUAUUCGGGAUAAGCUUCGAUUCCAUCAUUUCAAAGAAGGCUCUUGUUCUUGUUUAGAUUAUUGGUGA